GAGGCUGGUGGAGCUGGGGGGUCCCAGCAGGGCCACUGGGGGGGCCACCAUGUCCCGGGCCAUCACCUGCCUCAAGCAGCGGGGGGAUGGCGCGGAGAGCCCCCCGACCCCACCUGGAUCCCCACUGGUCUUCCCGCGGGAGACGCUGUUUCGGCAGGCGAGCGGGGUCACCUACCGCAUCCCGGCUUUGCUCUACGUCCCCCCGGCCGCCACCUUCCUGGCCUUCGCCGAGAAGCGCUCCUCGGCCAGGGACGAGGACGCCAAGUACCUGGUGCUGCGCCGGGGCCGCCGGCACGGCUCCUCGGUCGAGUGGGGUCCGGUGGAAGAGCUGUCGGCGUUGGCGCUGCCCGGCCGCCGCACCAUGAACCCCUGCCCCCUCUACGACGCGAGGAGCGGCACCGUCUUCCUCUUCUGCAUCUGCGUCGAGCGGGGAAAGACGGAGCGAUGCCAAAUCUGGAGGGGCUGCAGCGCCGCUCGCCUCUGCUACGCCACCAGCACCGACGGCGGCCGCCGCUGGACCCCGCUGCGGGACGUGACGGACGAAGCCGUCGGCGCCGACCUGUCCCGUUGGGCCACCUUCGCCGUGGGGCCGGGCCACGGGGUGCAGCUGGAUUCGGGGCGCCUGGUCGUGCCGGCGUACACCUACUACGUGCAUAGGUGCUUGUGCGGGGUCGUGCCGCUGCCUUGCUGCACCCGGCAGCACGCCCUCGUCUUCUACAGCGACGACGGCGGGCGCCGCUGGCGCAAGGGUGCCUUGGUCGGCGGCGGGCAGACGGGCGAGUGCCAGGUAGCCGAAAUCGGUGGGAGCGAUGCCCGCCAGCCCUUGCUCUACUGCAACGCCCGAGCACCGCGGGGUUGCCGGGCCGUGGCGUUCAGCACCGACUGCGGGCGGCGGUUCGAGCGCUCGGCGCGGUGCGAGGCGCUGGGCGAACCGCCGCGGGGAUGCCAGGGCAGCGUGGUGAGCUUCGCCGCGCCGACCGGCAAGGAGGAUGUACCGACUUGGUUACUCUACUCCCACCCCACCGACCGGCACCGCCGGCGCGAUUUGGGCAUCUAUCUGAACCCCUCGCCGCUGGACGAAGCGGGUUGGUGGCACCCGUGGGUGCUGCACCCAGGGCCGUCCGGUUACUCCGACCUGGCUGUGUGCCCCGGCGGUUUUUUCGGCUGCUUGUUCGAGUGCGGCACCACCAGCGCCUGCGAGGAAAUCGCCUUCUGCCUCUUCACCCUGGACACCUCUGCCCGCGGCGAGCAGAACCUCAAAACUUCCUAAAACAGACGCAUUUGGGGGGGGGGGGGGGGGGGGGGGGGGGGGGGGAGUGUCACUCCUGACCGCCAGCAGCCGGAGCUGGCAUGCACAGCAACGCUGGGACCUCACCGGGGACAUUUUGGAUGCACCGGAGGCUCGGCAUCGCAUAGCUUUUAUUUGAUUAACGCUUGGCUUUUUAAUCACCCACCAGAUAGAUGUUCUUGGCAACCUGGGCAGGGGUGGAGGAUCUGCUGCGGGUUGGCUGGGGGGAUGCCGGCACGGCACCCGAAAUGCCGCUGCGUCACCAAAAAUCGGCAUUUUUCACCUGGUAGCGGCAAAAAAGCAGAAGGUACCACUGAGAGCAGCUGGUCCCCUGGGGAAGAAAUACCCAAAAAUGGUGGUUUAGUUAAAAAUACUGGCAAUUCCUGUGUCCUCCCCAUGUGGCAGUGAGACAAUUCCCCUUUCUUACCAUUUUUUAAUCCCGUUUUCUUCACUUUCCUGGUUCAGGCUGAGUUUUGCCCCGUAUUCCCAUGGCAAAAAGCACUCAAAAUCUCGAGGGGUUUUUUUAUUCUGCUCCUUAGGGGACAGGUUGUGGCAUCCCAACAGUGACAGCGACCUCACGUCCACAUGCUGCUGCCAAAUAAAAUCCUCCCAAAACGGGUGCAA